AUGCGAAGCCAUCUCACCACCGCCCUGCCUCUGCUGGCCGCCACGCCGCUGGCCUCGGCCCAGAUCAACAAAUGGGCCCAGGCUGCCGGCCUCAAGUACUUUGGCGCGGCCACGGACACACCCGGUCAGCGUGAGCGCGCCGGUCUGGAGGCGGCCUACCCCCAGUACGACGCCAUCCUCGCCGACAAUGACAUGUUCGGCUCCACGACGCCCACCAACGGGCAAAAGUGGCUCUUUGUCGAGCCCGAGCAGGGCGUCUUCAACUUCACCGAGGGCGACAUCACCGCCGACCUCGCCGCCGAGCAGGGCAAGAUCCUCCGCUGCCACGCCCUCGUCUGGCACUCGCAGCUCGCCCCCUGGGUCGAGGCCACCGAGUGGACGCCCGAGACGCUCACAGAGGCCAUCACGCUGCACGUCAACACCGUUGCCGAGCACUACAAGGGCCAGUGCUACGCCUGGGACGUGGUCAACGAGGCGCUCAACGAGGACGGCACCUGGCGCGAGAGCAUCUUCUACGAGGUCCUUGGCGAGGACUACAUCAAGCUCGCCUUCCGCCUCGCCGCCGAGGCGGAUCCCGAGGCCAAGCUGUACUACAACGACUACAACAUUGAGCGCCCCGGCGGCAAGGUCAACGGCGCGCUGCGCAUCGUGGAGAUGCUUCAGGCGGACGGCAUCCGCAUCGAUGGUGUCGGUAUGCAGGCGCACUUUGUCGCGGGCGGGUCUCCCACCCUCGACGAGCAGAUCGAGGUCAUCGAAUCGUACGCCGCGCUCGGCGUCGAGGUCGCCCUCACGGAGUUGGACGUGAGACUGGACACCCUCCCCCCCACCGAGGAGACCCUCGCGCUCCAGAAGGAGGACUACAAGAACGCCGUCGGCGCCUGUGCCCAGGUCGAUGCCUGCAUCGGCAUCACCAUGUGGGACUUUUACGACCCCUUCAGCUGGGUUCCCUACACCUUUGAGGGUGAGGGCGCCGCGCUGCUCUGGUUCGAGGACUUUACCGUGCACCCGGCGUACUAUGGUGUCCUUGCCGCGCUCAAGAACGCCACGGGCCUGUGCGCGAGCAAGGCCAAGCGCGGCAUGGCGCAGCUGUUCAACGCAUAG